GUAUAAAACUCUGAGUUCUAGGGUUUUAGCGGUGUGUGGCUUUCGUGUUGUGUUGGAUCUAAUCACAUAAACCCACUCAAUUCAUUUCAUUUGAUUUGACAUAGCCAUGACUGCUCAGACCCAAGAAGAGCUUCUUGCCGAGCAUCUCGAACAGCAGAAGCUCCAUCAUGAUGAGCCUGUAGUUGAGGAUGAGGAUGAUGAUGAAGAGGAUGACGAUGAUGAUGAUGAGGAUGAUGACAAAGAUGACGACGGUGAAGGACAUGAAGGUGAGGCUGGUAGGUCCAAGCAGACGAGGAGUGAGAAGAAGAGUCGCAAGGCAAUGCUCAAACUUGGAAUGAAACCUGUGUCAGGUGUCAGCCGCGUCACAGUAAAAAAGAGCAAAAAUAUCCUAUUCGUUAUCUCAAAACCAGAUGUAUUUAAAAGCCCAACAUCCGACACAUACAUCAUAUUCGGGGAAGCUAAGAUCGAAGACUUGAGUUCACAGCUACAAACUCAGGCAGCAGAACAGUUCAAGGCUCCCAAUUUGGCUAAUGCAGGACCGAAACCCGAAUCUUCCAGCGUUGCCCAAGAUGAUGAGGAUGUGGAUGAGACUGGUGUAGAUCCCAAGGACAUAGAGUUAGUGAUGACUCAAGCUGGUGUUUCAAGACCAAAAGCAGUUAAAGCUCUCAAAGCUGCCAAUGGGGAUAUUGUUGCGGCCAUUAUGGAGCUCACUACUUGAUGGGCAUAUUCGGGAGAAUAUUAGUAUUUUGGACUCGAGCUAUCUUGCUGUGUUGAUGGAAAUUUUUGCUCUCCUUGGUUUUUUAAAAUAGUGGUUUGUACCAAUAGUGUUUUCUUAAGAUUUUCUGUGUAUUGUCUGGUAUGGAAGAGAAUGAAGGCACAUUUGCAGCAUUGGUAUGUUUGAUGCCAAGAAUUUCAAUCAUGAUUAGCAAUUAUCUUUU